AUGGAUGUCAUCAAAUCUCACUGUAAUCAUAACUGGAAACUGUUGAAGUUACAAUUAUUAUUUUGUUUGUGGUCAUUAUUUGUGCUAAGUGGAAAUAGUUUUUGUAAGUUUUAUAUCACUGCAAUACCACAACGUGCUAAUGAACAAUGGUCAGUUAUUUUAUGCAAAUUUGCUGAUACAGCAAGAUAUGAGCCAGAAACACGUGAAUGGUAUCAAAACUGGAUAACGGAUACAGUUGCAAAUUAUUUUUUGGAUGUUUCAAAUGGACUUUAUAAUAUAAAAGGAAGUGAAGUUAUCGGUUGGAUUACUCUUCCAUGGACAGCAAAACAUGUUAAACGCAUUGCUGAGAUGGAGAAAAGUGUUCACAAUGACAAAACAUUUGUAAAACCUGCAAGUUUUUUUGGUACUGCCAAAAAGUUAUGCAUAAAAUUUGCAUCACAAAAAUUCAAACUAAACGAGAAAAAAAUAACAAUAUUAAACACAGAGCAUGGAGCACUUUAUGACAAACAUUGUGGUGUUUUGAUAACUCCACGUUUAUUAUUCAAUUCGGUCAUUACGCAUGAAAUGAUUCAUAGCUUGAACAUUGGUCACUCUUAUAGUGAUCGCAAUGUAAAUAUUUUUCCGUUCGCACAUAUUGGUGAAUACGAUGAUCGUUAUGAUAUCAUGAGUGCAGCAAAUGCUUGGAUGUACUUGUCCAACUAUGGUUUAAGUGGACCAGGCCUUAAUGGACCUCAUCUUGACUUUCUUGGCUGGCUACCUAGUAAUCGCAUCUAUUACUUUGGAAGAGAUGGCAAGAAAAGUUCAACUUUACGUCUUGCAUCAUUAAGUAUUCCACAUAACUGCUCAAGUGACUGGCUACUGAUUAUGAUACCCUUUGAUAAAAAUAAUUCUUGCAAUAUUUUCACAUUGGAAUUCCGAACACCUACAAAUUAUGAUUCUGGCAUUAAACAGGAAGCAAUUAUAUUGCAUAAAGUUGAACUAAAAGAUAAAAAUUAUUAUUCAACGAUAAUUACACAUAGCAAAGAUUACGAUGACAUGACAGUUGGUACAGAAUGGGUUUACUUUUUCGACAAUGACACGAACAAAAAUUAUCCUUUUAUUAAAAUACGAGUAGAUGAGAUUGAUCGAAAGCAUCGUUCAGCUGUUGUACACAUCAAUUCAAGAUUCAGUGAAAUCCUUGAAAAUAAUGUGAAAAAUCAUAUGAACAAUACACAUGUUGUCAAAAAUACCAUAUCUACUUUGAAUGAAACUAUUAUUGAUAAAACCGCUAAGACUCUGGAAUAUAAUUCAGAAUGGUUUUUCAAAAAUUUAACAACAUUUGGUAUGAAUACUUGUCGUAGUGGAUAUGUGUGGAGGAUGAUUGAUUCUUAUGAUUAUAUAUGCGUCAGCGAAAAUAGAUAUCAGCAAAUUCACAACCAAAAUAGAAACAAUACAACUAAUAAACAUUCAAAUGGCACGUGCUAUGAACCAUUUGUAAUACGACGUGCAUUUUACAUGGAUGAUCUUUGCGUGACGCAUGAAGAAUUUUCAAGAGUACAGCAAGAUAAUGCUGAAUCCUACAAAAAUAUGAAAUACUACACAUUUUUCAACGGUCAAGAGAUAAUUUGA